CAAUCGUUAACUUCCAAACCGUCAAAGCUUGCUUGUGUGUGUCGACUCUUGAGGCGAGGUGCUGGGCUGGCUGCUUCAACCCAUCACCACCAUCACCACCACCACCACCACCACCAGCGCAACAGACGAAGCAACAGUUGUCUCGCUAGCACAGAGACAGAGGCAGAGAGGAAGACAGAGGCAGAGACAGAGAGAUUGGUAGACAAGGCAGUAGGCUGCUUUGGGUUCCGCGCCAACGACAGCAACAACAGCAGACGCAGAAAGAAGACUGGCGACGUGUACGCAAGGCAACAACAGAAUGCCAAACUGGGAUCAGCGGGCGCCGCCAGACCAGCUGCCGGCACCACCGCAGUCCAUUGCUGAAGUGCUGCACUUUGUGCAGCGGGAGUGGGCCAACUUUACGCGGGAACGAUCGAAAUGGCAGGAGGAGCGUGCUGCAAUGCAGCACCGCAUCAACAGCCUGGAAGGCGAGCUUGAUGCGAACCGGCGGCUGAGGCGCGACCUCGUGCGACGCAUCAAGAUGCUGGAACUCGUCAUCCAACAAGAGAGGGCGAAAUCCAAGGGGGAGCCUGUGCCAACUCAGUCCUCCGUGAAGAAAGAUCCUGCCGAGGACAUUGCUCUUCCUGAGCGCCAAUCCCUGCAAGCGCGCCUGUCCAAGGUGAAGGAGGGCCGGGAGGUGCUGAUGGGCUAUCUGCGCGAGGUUGGCAUCACCAAGAACCUCAUCGAGCUCCAGGCACAGCGCUUGAAGGAGGAGGUUCCAGACUACAUGUCUCUCUUCGUCACUCCUCAGCGGUCUGAGGCGAGUGCAAACCAGUCAUCCGACCUCGAAUUUGCGAACGCGAUGGGCGACAGCGACGAUGAGGACGACGACGACGACGACGACGACGACGACGACAGCAACACCAAAGGCGGCGUGCGCACGUACGCGUGGCAGAGCAAGACCGUGAAGCUUGGCGGCAGUGGCGGUGCUGCUGCCGACGAUGAUGAGGACGACAGUGGCAACACGGCGGGCAGCGGUAAUGUUCCUGGUGUUGCUGACGCCAUGGCCGAGUUUGCAUUCCUGGACGAGAACGACGAGGAAAUUGUCGAGGAGGAAGCCAGCCAGGACUUUGAGCGCCACAUUGUGAAGAAGGGCGGUGAGCGCGUGCUUGCGCCGGCUGUGGAGUCCGAUGACUCAGCACUCGGUGCUGCUGCCCACCAUGACAACGACGAUGACGAUGAGACCCAUGAUCCCUUUAAGAAGCUCGACGACAAGCAGCUACAGGCAAUGAUGAGCAAGAAGUUUGGCAAAGCCGGCCGCAAGAUGUUCAACCGCUCCGGCCGUCGUGGCCGCCGCGGUGGUGGGGGUGGCGACGGUGGUGACGUCCGCAACCUCUUUGGCAUGGACAAGGACGAAGACCUCGGCGAGCUUGCGAACGUGACGGUUGACGACGAGCCCGUGCACGACGACGAGAAGAUCCCCGUUGCCAGCCCGACCGCCACAGGCACACUCAAGGCCCGCAGGGACUGGAAGACAAAGUUCAUCCUCAGAAGCCACCUUCGCGCUGUGAACUGCGUGACCGCCCACUCUGAGGACCCGAUGAUCGUCACGGGCUCUGCAGACAACACAAUCAAAGUCUGGUGGCUGCCGAAGCCAAACCCAAAGAAAACCAUUUCCGACAUCACGCCCGUCGUCACCUUCCGCGGCCACCUGGCGCCCGUGCGCGCGCUCACGCUGAUGGAGCACGAGAAUCACUGCUUCUCCGCAUCCGACGACGGCACAAUUCGGUGCUGGAUGCUGCCCGAGGAGGACUACGAUGCAACGCAGGCCUAUGAGUCAUCAGAGAUGUACCGGCUCGAGGGCCACCGUGGACCUGUGACGUCGCUCUCCCACCGCCGCGGGCCACACAUCCUCUCCGCCAGCCAGGAUGGAACGUGCAGGGUGUGGAAUGCAGAGACGCGGGAGUGUGAACACACGUGGAAGUGUCCCAAUAACGACGUGCCCGUCAGGGUGCAUGUGCUGAACCACGACCCAACAAAGGCGGCGGUUGUGACGCAGAACGCGUUCAUUUAUCUCCUCAACAUUGAGACCAUGACCACCAUCCGUGCCCUCGAUCCUGCUGAUUUUGUGAAGGAGGACAGCAACAACGACCUCAACUUUGCGGCCUUUGAGUCAAACGACGAUGACAAUGAUGACGACGACGACGACGAUGAUGACGAUGAUGAUGAUGAUGAUGAUGAUGAUGAUGAUGAUGAGAGCGGAGACGGAGAGAAGAAGGACAAGAAGAAGAAGAAGAAGAAGGGCAAGAAGCGAACGCUGACAGCGACAUGCGUCACGUCCCACUCGUCCUCCCCGCUCGUUGCUGUCGGCUUCUCCGACCACCACGUCCGCGUCUUUGAUACAGAAUCAGGUGAUGUUGCGUCAGACUUUUGUGCGCACACGUGUGCGGUGACGAGCCUCAACUUCUCCGCUGGCGAGCCCCUUCUCCUCACAACAGGUACGGAUCGCAACAUCCGGUUGUGGAACUCUGAGACAUUCAACUGUGUUGCGGACUACAACGCGCACCGCAGCGGGCCCCACGGCGCCGUGCUCGAUAGCUGCUUCAACCGCGCCGGGUCGCAGUUUGUUACCGUUGGCGCCGAGGGCACUGCGCGUGUGUACCAGUAGUGCACGCGCUGUUUCUCGCUCUCUCUCUCUCUCCCAUCAUGUUCACAUGUCAUUGGUUCGUGGUCGCACUUGACUGCUGUCCCCACCUCUCUCGUUCUUCUUUGCUGCCUACCUGCGACCUGCGCAUGCAACCCCAUAAUGUCUUUGGUUUCUUGUCCCUGCUUGGUUGUCCUGUCUCCAUUUGUUAAUCGUUUUGUUGUGUUGCUUGUUAUCACAGCACAUGCAUGUGUUCGUCUGCUUUGUGCCGUGGCUGGUGUUGAAGGUGCCCUGGCCCUGUGCCCAUGGUGCUGCAGGUGAUAAUGGUGGUGUUUAGGUGAUCUGCUGUGUUUUGCUUGUCCAUUGGUUGCGGCUUUCUGCCUGCAAGUGACCAUGCAUGCAUGGUCACACCAGCUGCGCUUUGCCCACCCCCGUCUGGUUUCCUCAUCGUGUCUUGUCUGUGUCAACCAUCACAUGAACUGUCAACACGUGCUCGGCACGGUGGAA